CUUCCCUUCCCGACGCCUCUCGUGUUCCGCAGGCCGCUGGAGUCGCUGGGCCCGAACGUGGGCAAGAUCUUCAUCCAGGCCAAGGACGACUCCUACGAGAAGACCCGACAGAGCAUGGAGAAGGCCAAGAGAAAGAACGCAAUGAACUGUGUGAAGGAGCUGAAGUCCAGCUCGAGCUUCGGCGGCCGCCUGCGCCCGGCCAUCGGCACCUCGAAGAAGUCGACGACGCUGGUGGUGCCGCCGCCCAAGAAGGAGGCCAUCGCCGAGCUGCCCUCCAACAACAGAUACAACCCCAAUCACAGCCAGAACCACAGCCUCAGCACCCCCAAUAGCAAAUCCCCGCACAGAACGGCCUCGUCUGUCGCCGCCGCCCCCAGCGCCGCCAGUGCCACAGCAGGCAAGCCCCCCCCGCCGCCGCCCCCCAGCCACCCCAACGGGAGGAAGACCAACCCCGAGCUCGUCGGGAGGCCGCUCAGAGAGCGAAUCAUUCAACUCUUAGCUGUCAAGAAUUACAAGAAGGAAGAAUUGAAAAAUAGAUUAUACAGUGAUGGCAUCAAAGAGAGGGACAAGCGGCAACUGGCGGGGGUGCUGAACAGCAUGCUGAGCAACGUGUCGCAGGUCAGAGACAACGUGCACCACCUGAGCCGACACCUGUGGGCGGAGGUGCGAGAGGACUGGCCCUUCUACACAGACGCCGAGAAGCAAGCCGUGAGAAAAAAUAAACCUCAGAGUUUAACUCCGCCGGGGAACGACAGUGGGCACUCUCCAACGCCGGCGCUACCGCUGUCUCCGUCUCCGUCUCCGUCUCCGGCGUCCCAGGGGCUCAAGCGGCCGCACGAGGAGGUGUUUGACCCCACGGCCAAGAGGCCCCGCUGGAACGCCUCCAAGUUCACCAAGAGAAAGUUCGAGAAUAAGCUCGAUUCUCAGACGGCGUCGCGCCUGGAGCCGCAAAGCGACGUGAGGGCCGAUGCCAAGGCGGACAGUAGAGGCGUGAGCAACGGGCGGCACCACCUGGCCAAGGACGAGAGUCCGCGUGUUAACGGCACGAUCAGUCCGGCGGCGGCACCGGCGGCGGCACCGGCUGCGACGGCGACAGCAGCUGCGGCGGCGGCGGCGGCGGCAGCGGCGGCGGCGGCGGCAGCAGCAGCAGCAACGAGCAAAAGCGCGCCCACGACCUCGCCCGUGAGGCAAAGUUCCCCUCGGCACCGCCACAACGGCAUCAGCACUCGCCAAUCCUCAGGAAACCAUUCGCCCAUCAACGGGAUCUCCAAUGGGCUCACCAACGGCCACGGGAAUCCGCCCCACAGGACGAAUGGCCACGCACGAGUGGAGUCCUCCUCCAUCCCCAGCUCCUCGCCCGACAGCCAUGGAGGCGACGACGUGGACCCAGAGUACCUCAGGACCUACACGGCAAUAGUGUCAACAGACCAGCGAAGUCGGUAUAAAGCGGUCUUCAACGAACAGUAUCAGGAAUACCUUCGGCUGCAUAGCUACAUUGAAGAGCGGACAAGACCUUUCAGCGACCUCGAUGAGCGCCUCAGGAAUGAAACGAUCGGCUCUGAGGAAUAUAACACCAUCCGUGCUCAGAUCUUGCAUGAAUAUCAGGCCACGCAGCAAGACAGUGUGUACCAACAGAAGAAACAGCGGUAUGACUACCUGCAUGAAAAGUUGACGUACAUCAAGAUGCUGGUGCUAGAGUAUGACAGGAAGCACUCCUAGCACUGGUUUUGACGCCUCGCACAGCCGCCACUCUCCCGCCACCGCCGCCGUGCCCAGCCCACAGCAGAAGCAGCCCCCCCGAUGCCCCCUCAUAUGCCCCUCGCUGUGGAGGCCCCAGGUGGGGGAAGGAUCUUUCGUGGUUUGCGUGGUUACCAAACUGUGCCUCAGCCCUCAUUGUCAGAGCAAUGAAAGUGGAAAAGAGAAAGAGAAAAGGAGAAAGGGAAAGAGAAAAAACAAGAGAAAGCAAGGGAGAAAAGGGAGGAAGACAGUUUAUAUAUAUUUGUGUGUGUAUAUAUAUGGAGGAAUGUUUUUGAAAAAGAGCAAAAAUGAAAUGGAAAAGAUUUUGCCUGAAGGUGGCUUUCUUUUUAAAUUUUUUGGAACGGACUGUGUAUAUAUUAAAGAAAAAAUGAAUAAAAAAAAGAAAUAAUAGAUUUAAAAAUGUAUAAAAAUGUAUAAAAACAGAAGAAAAAGCAGUUUGUGAAUAGACUGGGGCAUUUUGUGACAAUUGUGGCUCACCCACCUGUAAGAGGAUCCCCUCCCCCAGCAAUUUUAAAUUAUUGGUUCCCUUCUCUCUUUUUUUACUUACUGGUAUAUAUAUGAAGAAUGUGGGUUGGGUGUGGUACAGCAAGUGGCUGUGAUUGGUACAUUUGCGGUGUGUACGUGUUUGUAUGUAAGCGUUUGAGUGUGUGUUUGUGUACGCGCAUGUGCAGUGCUGUGCCAAGAAUUCGACGAUGACACCCGCCUGUACCUAGGUGUGUUCCCAAGUACUUUCCCCAUCCCUCUCCCUUUCCCAUCUGCCUACCCCCUAAAUACUUCCAACUAUGUUCUCCCAAACCUGUGCUUUGCUCUGGUUGAGUCCAACACACAUGACAAGAAACUGGUGCAGUAGUGUUGUUGCUGCUGGUGUUGAAAAAGAUGGACUCAGCCAUUGUUCCCUUUGCCCUCUCCCCUCCUACCUCUCUCUCAUCCCCACACUCUCCCCAUCUCCCAUAUUGUACCUAGACAUUAUCUUUGCAAACAAGAGGUGUCUGGCCAUGUCAGCCAUCACUCUUGCUGGCACCAGUUGUCUCAAGGAGAGGAACCGGGAAGGUUCUUCACAACCCACACUGAAGCCAGACCUGCCAAUUAUUGUAUAAAGUGAAGUGGAAUAGGAUGAUUAUAUUAUAUAAAAAGUAUAAAACAAAAAGUAUUCUAUUUUACUAGAGUACUCCUUCAGCCAUGGACAAGUGCAUGUUGCCCCUUCGCACCAUAAACGUCAUAUGAAUGUAUAUUUUAUAUCAUUCCAAGAGGAGAUGAGGCCCCAAGUGUGUAGCUCACACUUCAGUUUGAUUGGUCUUGGAAAAGGUUGAGAGAGGAGACUCGCUCUGAAACAGCCCCAAGUGUCGGUGACAUAUUUGUGAUACCAGACAUCUUUGCUUCACUUCCCUUUUGGUUUAGGAAGUGCCAGUGUUGUAGUCACCUUCAAUGGGGAUGUGUUCGGGUAAGUGAACCCCUUGACGCAUUCUUCUGUCUUUGUGGAGGAAUGGGGAAAGUGUCCAGUCCUUCCACCAAGCUCAAUAGGUCUGGCCUCUCGCCUCGAAGAACUCGGUUGUUUCCCCUCUGCCUACCUGCCCAGCCAAAAUUUGGAGUCCAGUGCAUCCCACUUCUCCCAUCAUCCUUUCCAUCCCCUCACAUCAUCUUUCCCUCCCCCAUCUGCCCAGUAUUGGAGGAGAGCAGGGAAGACCGGUUUGUGGAACUGCCGCCCAUCCACUCAAAAGUCUUUUGGUGACAUGACUUUGCCUUGUGAUAGUGACCCUUUGACUGAUGACAAAGCAACUCCCAUUGACUGUUAGGAAUGGACUCGGUAGAAUGGACUAUUGAAACACAAGACAAGCAACAGACAAUACACACAAAGGACAAUUGUAUAUGCCAUUGUUUAGUGUGAUUAGUAUGAGAUGUUUGGUCCUCCAGGCACUAAGGAGACAGUGGGGUCUUGUCUCUGUUCUCUAUAAGAUUUACUUUGCUCUUUUAGGCCUAGAUAGAUUGUGGUAAGGCAAAUUUUGCUCAUUUUUUUUAAAGGCAUCAUGUAUAAGAAUUAGAGAAUAAUUGUGGUUUCUCAUUUGUCCAAUUUUCUGGUACAUUGGUAUGUAAUUGUUCGGCUUACAAAAGUAAUUUAUAAAGAAAGCAAGAGUGAGAAUUUGAGAGAACUAAGAAGAACUAUAAAAAGGAUUUUUGUAAUUUAUUUUUAUAUAGUAUUUAAAAAAGUUGAGUCCAGUAGAAUUUAGCAUGUGUUUUGGCGUUUGUGUUCAGUGGAUGGCUAUGAUUACAAUUGCUAGCCAAGAAGAUUCCAAGGAGACAUGUCUCGCACACGUCUGUGAUCUUCCUUAUGGUUGUGAACACGGCAUAACCCAGACAGUGGUGUUCCACAGUAGUGGAAUGGUAAUGUGUGGGAGCAUUAUGGUGGCCAUCCCUGCCUACCAUGUCGUGCAGUUUUUUUCCUAGCGGAUGCUAUUCGCUAAAAACAAUGGCAUUGUAGAAUCUAGAACAUAUCCCUUGUCGAAAGGAAUCCUGUCUUGGCAUGAGUUAUGUCCAUGACACCUGACAUCUUCC